AUGGUGAUAGGCGAGCAGGUGGAGGGCGGCGAGGCACUGCCGCCCUCGCCCCAACAGUACCCACCGCAGAAGGCGUCGAUAGAGAACAUUAUGAGCGGCAUCGAGAACACGGGCGCGGUGAAGAUGAACAACCACAGGAAAAAGCUUCGCCAGAGAUUCGACAUCAUCAAAAAGCUCGGUCAGGGAACGUACGGCAAGGUGCAGCUCGGCAUCAACAAGGAAACCGGCCAGGAGGUGGCCAUUAAGACGAUCAAGAAGAGCAAAAUAGAAACGGAAGCAGAUCUCAUUCGGAUACGGCGCGAGGUGCAGAUUAUGAGCUCCGUGCAGCAUCCCAACAUAAUACACAUUUACGAAGUAUUUGAAAACCGUGAAAAAAUGGUACUAGUCAUGGAGUUUGCGGCCGGCGGCGAGCUGUACGAUUACCUGUCGGAGCGGAAAGUGCUGGCGGAGGAGGAGGCCCGGCGCAUCUUCCGCCAGGUGUCGACGGCCAUCUACUACUGUCACAAGCACAAAAUCUGUCACCGCGAUCUGAAGCUGGAAAACAUUCUGCUCGACGAGAACGGGAACGCCAAGAUCGCCGACUUCGGGCUGUCGAACGUGUUCGACGAGCAGCGGCUGCUGGCCACGUUCUGCGGGUCGCCACUGUACGCGUCGCCCGAAAUCGUCAAGGGUACGCCGUACCAGGGCCCGGAGGUGGACUGCUGGUCGCUGGGCGUGCUCCUCUACACUCUAGUCUACGGUGCGAUGCCGUUCGAUGGUGCCAACUUCAAGCGGCUGGUCAAGCAGAUCAGCCAGGGCGAUUACUUCGAGCCGAAGAAGCCGUCCCGAGCGUCACCACUGAUCCGGGAAAUGCUGACCGUGUGCCCGAGGCAGCGGGCCAGCGUUGAACAGAUCUGCAACCACUGGUGGGUGAACGAGGGCUACGAUGAGUCGUGCCUUGAUCUGGCCGAAGAGCUGGCCAAUCAGACGCCGGUCCGGUUGGACGUGCUGCUUUCGCUGGCACCACCGUCGGUGACGGCGGACCAGCUGUUGGUCGGCAACGGGCAGGACGAGGCGUCCAAGGCGAAGGAUCGCAUCCAGCGAAGCCAUUCGGUGGGCUCGAUCGUCGACAUGGGCGGCACCGAGGCGGAACGGCGCAUUCUCGACAUGGUGGCGGCCGGUGGCGAAGCCGCCCUCAUGCCGUCGCCGACGAGGACAAUCACCCCAGCGGAAGCGGCGACCGGCAGUCCGGCGCAGACGAAGCGUAAGCUCGAAACGACGGUGUCGACCGAGAACGCGACUGGAGCUGUGAAGAAAAAGGACAAAGCGGACCCAUCGCCCUCGCAUCCGCGCAUACCCGAGGUGAUGGACUUGGAGGAGGCGGCGGCGAUAGGCUCUGAUCCGAUCCCGGCGCAAUCAACGGACCCGAGUAGCCCGUUCCGGCCGGAGGACGGCGCUGGCAGCGACGCCACGCAGUCGCCCGUGGCGGACAAGUUCGAAGCGCAGGAAGUUUUGGAUGAUUUGCAAAACCUCGAGAACAUGUGUGACGAACUGUUGCUGGAGGCCGCCACGCAGCCGCACUCGGAACCGCUUGCCGGUGGCUUACAGCAGCCGCCGGAACAGCAGCCGGAACCACUACCGUCCGAUACACCGUCGAAUGGAGUGGCGCAGUCCCCGGUUCCAGCCACUGAUGUCACCCACAAAACGGUCUCCAGUGUGCGCGCGAAGCUGGAGAAGCUGGAAAAACCGGAACCGGAACAGAAACCUGCCUUCCCGGUCGCAACAAGAAAGGUGUUCGGUAAGAAUAAAACCACCGAUCUGACGUCGGCAAUCCACGCGGUGAACGCUCCGGGGGCGGCCGCCGAAGGGGAACCGGGCAGUGCGGUGCACCGAUCGACCAGCGUAGAACGCAAGAGCAGCCUGCCGGAAGAGAGCUUGGCGCGCACGGCCGAGCGGCGCAAGUCGCGCAUUCUCGAGACGGCGGAAAAGUUCCAAAACAUGAACCAGCAGCAGCCGGGCGGGAACGAGAAGUUCAAGAAGUUUGUGCUGCCGGGCGGCGGCGUGCCAACGGUCGGGAACUACAAGAAAGAGUUUGAGCGCAAAACGGGCCUCAGUUCGUCGGCCACCUUCACCAAACCGCCGCCGGCGACCCUGGAGCUCCAGCAGCGCAAAGAUGGCGGCAGCCAGGAAGUGAGCUCACCGGUGGCUACUCCACCGUCCACCGUCGGCAGUGGACCUACCAAGAGCAUUUCGUCAGCCUUCCAACAGUCGUCGCAGCCGCUCGUCGAGCCGCCGCCCAAGUCCAAGUCGGACGAUGAGGUGAAGGACAGCGACUCCAAGAGCUCGGUCGGCAGUUUCUCGCUGGAGGAGGCCCGCCGUUCGAUGGAGAACUCGAUCGCGCUACUGAACAAGGUGAAACCGGUCACACCGGACACGAGUGCACCGUCGACACCGACCAUGGAGCAGCUCUGUUCGCGCACGGAGAGCUUCUCGAUGCUGGACGAAGGCGAGCGUGAGCGGAAGCUGAAGAAUGCGCGCGAAAUCAUCGGCAACGCCAUACCGAUCGGGCGGCUACGCAAGCCACCGAUGCCGUUCGGUGCCAACGGCCGCUCCACGACCGGUACGCUGGGCAUCAACAAACCUUACCGCUUCGGCGCGGACACGGUGGAGCCACGCUGCGAUACGAUGUCCACCCCCAGGAAAGUAUCGAUGGGAAGUAUUCCGAGCCCGCCGAAGGACGAAACCAAAACAUCGCACGCGGAAAUUACGCUCAAAUCGGCCACCUUGCCGAGACGAAAGCUGUCCGCCAACAAACCAUCAGAGGUGUCCGGAGAUGGACCGGCAAAGCCCGAACAGCGAGUCCCACAGCAGCAGCAGUCGUCAGCAUUUGCGCCGAUGCGCUUUUCGACCGAAUUUCAGCACCAAAUUCCGGAUCUGCGCAGUGCGCCGAUCGGGCGCGAUCUGCCACCCGCGUUUGUGCCGAUGGCGUACCAGCAGCAGCAGCGGGCCAACAGCCUGGAACCGCAAGGCCGCGAUCUUGGUCAGCAAAAACCGCCGACCUACGGUCGCCCUACGUACGGCGGUGCGCAGCCAGCGCAGCGGGGCACACUUUCGCGACAGUCGACGAACGAGUCGAACGAUUCCGACAGUAACACCGUCUCGCAGGGUGGCCUAUCAGCGACCGCCUCCGGCCAGCACAUGGCGGGCAGUGUGAGCAACAGCAGCAACGCCACCAUGCCGAUCAAGAAGAGCCCGCGCGAGUUCAUCAUACCGAUCGCGGUCGAAGGCGGUGGGUUCGUGACACCGCGCGCCAACAGCCUCGAACCAUCCGAAUCCAACGCGUCCUCGGCGUCGGCCAUCGGAGCCGCCGGAUUCCCGGCCAUGAAGCCGCGCCUCGGACGCCCUCGGCGAUUGGGGUCUCUGCUGUCGGAAAACGACAACGAGCCGACCGAUACGAGUUCCUUCCAACGACUGAACCGCCACACUUCCCUGGGCCGUGAUAGUGACUCUGAGGAACCGAAAUUCCACAUGAUGCAUCGACUGCGGAGCUCCCGGCCAUCGAAGCGUGGAACGCAGACGGAUCCGAACGAUUCGGCCAGCUCGGGCGAGGAAGACGAUGACGAUGGUUUCGAAAUACUGACUGCGGAGAAUCUGUUCUCUACGCUCCUGUCAAGGGUUCGCGCUCUCACCAAUCGGCUGAACGUGAAUGAUGCCAGCUCGUCGAGAUUCCCAGCGUCGCGCUUCAUGAACAAUCUGCGCCAAGCGCAGCCAUCCUUCUGGCAUCAGGAUCCUUUUGCAAGGCACAUGGGCGACGCCAACGCCAACGCUUGGCGCCACAGCAUGUCGCGGGACUUGAGCACGGACAUCGAUUCAAUGUUUUCGCGCAGCGGAGCCACACUUCCAAGAGGCACUAGACUCAAAGCACAAAAUAAUCAUGUAACGAAUAGUAGUAAUAACAGCAACAGCAACCACCAACACCACCACCUUACCAACAACCAUCAUCAUCAUCAACCACCAACAACAACACCACCACCACCAACAGCAGCAACAACCAAUGGCAGCCCCAUGCGAAGUAGUUUUAACCAUAGGCACAGCUACCAUCAUCAACCCCCGUCAUCUAACCUUCCUUCCUCCAUCUACAAGGACCUGGCCGCGCUGGCGGCGGUGACGCCGCACGGGGGGGACGGGUCCGCUGGGGGUACUGCUUCUGAGGACGGUGGCGUUGGAGGAAUCCGCGGAGGUAGUGCCGGUGGUCGCGCUGGAGUGGCGGCGGCGGCGGCGACUGAGGAGAACCUGGAUUUGCGUGAUCUCGAUCUGUCGCAGCUGCGCCUGUCGAAGCGAGACCUGGAGACGCUGUCCAGCAUUACGCCCGCCCUGUCGCAGCGCGUCCAGGAGCAGCUGCUGGCCCAGCUGCCACCGCAGCAGGCCCGCAAGCUGUCGCGGACCCUCUCGAUGCAGGGUGGACCGGCGGGGGCGACGGCAGCGGCAGCGGCAGCCACUGCGGGGCAGCGGUUGUACCGGCGCAGCUACAGCAACAGUGCCGCCGGUAGUCGCACGGCUGGGGACGACGGUCGUCGGGCUGGCAGUCAACCGCGGGACAUCCUUUCCCCACCGCCCGGCUAUCAGACCAAGGACGACGGAGGCACCAACGGCACCACGUACGUCCCGUACGGAUCGGCGGCGCCCUACUCCGACCUGUCCGGUACGUCUGCGCAUCCGGACACGGAGAGCGUCAUCGAGCGGAUCCGGCGCAAGAGCUUCUACACGCGCUUCAACGAGAACAAGAAACCGGCCAAACGGGCCUCGGCCACCAACCUGGCCCCGCCGCCCGGGGCGUCCUCCUCCUCGUCGGCCCUGCACGGCCUGGGGAAGGAGUACUCAUACGGUGGCUCUGGAACCGUGCGCGAAAAGUCCCUGACGCGCGGUGGCUCCACGUCCUACAUUCUGCGCCCGUCCAAGGAGUACGGCGGCGGUAGCAACGGUAAGUACGGUGGCGGCGGGGGGCUGUACGCCCUCCUGCCGGGCUACGCGACGAUCGGUGCGCGGGGCGACCGGAACCGUAACCGGUACGCGCAUACCACCACCAGCAUACUCACGUCGACGUCGGCCACCCCGAAACCCGCCCCGUUGCGGGAUUGCGUGCGGUUGCGCAACAACCACAGCUUCGACCUGCUGGCGCCCGCCACCGACUACCACCACCUACCCGCACACCACCCGCACUUACCACACCACCACCAUCAUCACCACGUCCAUCGCCACGGUCCGUCGGCGUCGUCGUCGCUGUCCCUAUCGCGCACCGCAUCGCGUCACCUCGCGCACGACGAUGACCCGGACGAGCUGGCGGACGACGGCGACGGUGGCCUCAGCCGCUACGCCAACAGCAACUCCAUCAACAACAACAACACGAAGUACACACGCAACACCUACUACGAAACCUCCGUACCGUCGUACGCCCCGUGCUACAGCCCCGUGAAGAGGCGCUCGUCGUUCGUGGCAGCCGCCGGCCAAUACACCGCCACCACUAACGAUAUCACCUCGUCCUCCUCCUCGUCGAUCGCGCUAGAUCUGCUCAAGGACCCCCAGCAAGCGACGGGUGGAGGCGGGGCCACCAUCACGUCUUCGUCCUCGUCGACCACCGUGUCCGCGUCGGACUACUCGCACGGUAACGGCGGCGGCGGUGGUGGCGGAGGUAGCAGCACUAGCGGCUCUAGGACUCUCCGAUCGUAUGAUGGGCGCAGCAGCUCGUUGCUGACACCGAGCGCCCUGCGGGAAGCUCGCUACGGUAUUACCAGCACCGCUGCGCCGCGGUACGAGAGCGGGACACUCACGAACAACGCACUACAACUAAUCGAAAGCCGACUCUAUUCCCUCUUGCCUUGCUGCGCCGCCGCCACUGUGAAGCGAACCCAGCGACCACCGGCACCGUAG